AUGGAGGCUAUUGGUUUCCCUCUUGUCACUCCGGCAUAUUUGGACUGAAUGGUGAUUGAUGGAGUGAUAGAGCGAGGAGAGUCGAAAGAGGGGAGAGAGAGAGAGAGAGAGAGAGAGAGAGAGAGAGAGAGAGAGAGAGAGAGAGAGAGAGAGGUGGUUGAGCCUAUCCGGAGGAAGAAGAAGAAGCCUCAGCAGUUAACACUUGGCAGAGCGGCUCCACGCAGCCAGCAGUCUCAUGAAGGUUGUUUUUUUUUUUCUUUUUUUUUUUAAAUUAUCUGAUAUUGCAGUUUCUUUUUUUAAAAAAAUAACAUCUCGUGAUGUCUGUGUAGUCUCGGACACGCGGAUGGGAAUGGGAUUUUCUUCCACGUAACUUAGCGGGCAGCAGCAGCAGUAGCAGCGGCGGCGGCGGCAGCAGCAGUUGUUGGACCCGGCGUUUCUUUUUUUUUUUUUUUUUUUUUCCUCCCCCAGCGCCUCCUCGGCUCGCAGCGGAUUUUACAAAGCCUCCCCAGAGAGCCUGCGAUGAGAUCCAGCACCCCGGACAGAGACUGAGCCCCUUUUCAGCACCCUGGACAGAGAAUAACCGUCCUCUGGAGAAUCUGGCCAAUCAGAUGAAGCAACAGACGUUCAUUGUUCACAGUCCUGAGGAACGGUCUGAUCAGGCGCCAUGAGUGAAAACACCUGUGCGGAUGUGGAGCAGGCUGUGGAGAGGCUGGCACGUGGCGAGAAGGAGGAGGGGAAGGAUGGAUCUUCAGCCCGGUGUAAGAGCAUCCCCCCAGGGAGGCCGGCGUCGGACGCAAGGCCUCAUGGGCCGUUGACCUGCUGUCUUCUGUGAUUUAUGGCGGCUGGGGGCCUCUGGCCACUGCAGACUCCUCUCCUCGCUCUCCUCCGUUUCCCUUCGCACACACUGCGGGAGUGCAAGGAGCCACACACACUGCACCACCGGCUACAGGAGUAUCCAAAGAGGGAUUUCUCGCCUGUGCUGAGCUGCGGCGCAGGCGCGCACACAUCCACCGCUUCCCACACCGUCUCAUGCAAAAAUAAACCGCUCCAUAAACAUUCCUCCGCUGCGGCACCGUGUCCCGCAAUCCCAUCACACGUGCGUUAGACAGAGCCCGCUCUCAGAGUAUUCUCCAUUCAACUGUGCGCGGAUUACCAUCAGUCAUGGUGUGUCAGCUGUAGAGCCCUCGGUGUAGCCGCUGCUCACAGGCAGAGGCGGAUCAAUGGAAGUGCGCUGAGUAACGAGGUGACGUUCCUGUUUUCACAUGGUCUGAGAGCAAUCAGCAGGCCGCACAUCUCCGCUGAAUCCACACACGUCACAGCCCCUGCACUGCAAUAACCAUCCUCCUCUAUGGACUGUUAGUGCCGUUACUUAUGGUAUUAUUUAAAUAUUCGACACACUAGCUGGACAUUUGCUCCUGUGCACACCAGAGCUGUCAGAGCACCUUAAAUACCCUUUUAUCCCCCUGCUGCCGUAGAAGGUCCGGAGCACACACAGUGCCGUAUUUACCUUCUGGACUAUUAUUGCUUUUGAAAGCUGGGGACUGAGAGUGAGAGCCAGCAGGUGCCCUCGCCAUGGUGUUGCCACCACCAGACAAACGCCACGUGUGCCUGACCACCAUCGUCAUCAUGACCAGCAUGGCCUUCAUGGACGCCUACCUGGUGGAGCAGAACCAGGGUCCCAGGAAGAUCGGUGUGUGCAUCAUCGUGCUGGUAGGGGACGUGUGCUUCCUCAUAGUGCUGCGAUACGUGGCGGUGUGGGUCGGCGCCGAGGUGCGUACGGCCCGACGAGGAUACGCCAUGAUCCUCUGGUUCCUGUACAUCUUCGUCCUGGAGAUCAAGCUCUACUUUGUCUUCCAGAAUUGCAAGGCAGACAGGAAGAGCUUGGAGACAGUGGCCCGGAAGGCUUUGACAUUACUAUUAUCUGUAUGUGUUCCAGGCUUGUACUUGGUUCUAGUGGCUCUGGAUAGUAUGGAAUAUGUGAGAACUUUCCGUAAGAAGGAGGACAUGAGGAGUCGUCUGUUCUGGGUGGCUCUGGACCUGCUGGACCUGCUGGAUAUCCAAGCCAACCUGUGGGAGCCCCAGCGGACAGGCCUGCCCAUCUGGGCCGAGGGCCUGAUGUUCUUCUACUGCUACAUCCUGCUGCUCAUCCUGCCCUGCGUGUCGCUCAGCGAGAUCAGCAUGCAGGGGGAGCACAUGUCGCCCCAGAAGAUGAUGCUGUACCCAGUCCUGAGCCUGGUCACCAUAAACGUGGUCACCAUCCUCAUACGAGGCGUAAACAUGGUGCUGUUUCAGGACAGCCGCGUUUCCACCAUCUUCGUCGGGAAGAACGUGGUGGCCAUCGCCACCAAGGCAUCCACCUUCCUGGAGUACCGCCGGCAGGUGAAGGAGUUCCCCCACCCGCAGAACGCCAUGGCGCUCGAGCUGCAGCAGAACUCUGUCAGCCACACGCAGCCGCUGCCCAACGCCACCAGUUUGCCACAUGAACCUUCGCCCGCGCAGGACGUCAUCGACACAUGACCGCCAGUGCCGGAACGAGCUCUGGACCAUUAGAAAACUGACUGCUUUUUUUAUGAAAGCAACAGGAGUGGAGGUAGAUAGAGAAAUCAGCUGCAUGACAGGAUGAGAUUCUGCUCUUGUCAAGCCCACAUGAGCUGCUGUGAAACCAUAAAAGAGAUUUUCAGCAUCACCUGCCUGUCAGAACAUACUGUAAACCUACACUUGAUUCUCUGAGUGCAGCGUGCAGACUUUAGAGAUCAAGUCCGAGGUUUUUAUUGUGCUAUGGUGUUUUUAAUUGUUUCCAAUGUUUUAAAAGUUCAAACUUUUAUUAAGAGACAAUCUCCACGCUGCACAGCCCGGUGACAUUAUGUUGUGUAAAAUGGACGGCUGGUUCCCCCCCGGUGAGUAUCUUGUAUUUUUUAAAGGUCACUUUUUCGACAGUGUGGCAUUUCCUUUGAAUUCCAGCACCAAAGGACAAACCACUCAGUGUGAAGCGCUGACGGAGAGGAGGGGCAGAGAGUGACAGGGGUCAGUCAUGGGGGGCAGACCGUGCUGUGCUGCAGAGCGAGGCUGGUGGCAGACGAGUGCGAUUCCCUUCUGUGUUUGCUUCUGCUGAGAAAGGAGCUCUGUGGGAGCCACUGCCUCGGUCAGCACCGGAGCUCAGCACUUACACCAACCACUGCAGGCAUCCAAGCGUGUGUUUUACCCUGCGUGUAUCUGUGUGUGUGUGUGUGUGUGUGAGAGUGUGUGUGUGUGUGUGUGUGUGUCUGAGAAGGCACCUAUGGAGUGUGUAUGCCAUGUCUGCCACAGGAGGUUUAGGCUACUUGAAAUUGUAUUCGGAGCAGACGCGAGUGAGGUCGGCGCGUGUGGUGAAUCGCAAAUGAGACAAAAUACGUAGAGAUGUCAGAAGAAGAAAAGAAAAAGAAAAAAAAAAACAAUCUGAUUUUAUUUCCGUCCUGUACAUUCCUAUAAAAGCUAGCUCAAGCCUUGACGUCAGAGAAUGCAGAGAUCAGAGUCCACAGAGCGCCUCACUGAAGAAUUGACAAAAGAUGAAAACAAUAACAUGCGAACAGAAAAUACUUUUUUCUGAUGUUACUCAGUUUAUUAUCCUGAUUAUCGUUAUUAUUAUAUUAUUAUUAUUAUUAUCAUUAUUAUUAUUAUGUACAUUCUUUACUUGUUGGAGGCAAAUGAUGUUUUAAUAAAAGUAUAAAUAAAAGAAUAAUGACAAGCGCAUGGUUUCUU